AUGGAAGGCACUCACUGCACCCUCCAGUUGCAUAACCCGGUCACUGAACUCUGCUAUAUCAGCUUCUAUCUUCCGAAGGGGGAAGUCAGAGGAUUUUCGUACAAGGGCACUGUAACUCUAGACAGAUCCAAUAACGCUUUUCAUAACUGCUACCAAGUCAGGGAGGGGCCAGACAUCACCAGCCUCAGCCAGCAGCCGAACGAACAUCCCGGCGACAUAUUUUUCAAACAGACUCCCACGAAAGACAUUCUGACAGAGCUAUACAAGCUCACAGCAGAGAGGGAGAGGCUGCUGGACAGUCUACUGAGGUCAGAGCACAUCCUGGGCAUUUCAAUGGGGAACCAGGAAGGGAAUUUGCAGGAGCUGUCUGUGAGCCUGGCCCCCGAGGACGACUGCUUCCUGAGUGCAGGCAACCGGAGCAGGGAGCUCCCUGUGAACUCGCUCAUUAGGAGGAGCACCCAAGGGAGCAAAAAGCCCCGGAGGUCUGGCAGGAGGAGAGAGAGCCCUGAGGAGCUCCGGCAGAAGAGAACCAGGAGGAAAGGGCGUGGCCGCCAGGAAUCAGCUCCUCCGAUGGGGAAGGACCAGGUCUGUUCCAGUAGCUCCCUUCCUCCUCCCCGAAUUAGGCCUAAUCUUCGACUCCUAGAAGAAAGAGGAAACUUAGUUCCUCAGGAAACACUUACCUCUUCCCCACGCAGGAGGAGAGAGAGCUGCCCUGCCAGCAUCCUCAGGACACCAGAUGCAGAUCUGGGCUUCGGGAGCUCUGGGAAGACCUCAGAGGACACUGAUCUUGAAGGGCCUCUGUCCCCUGACAGCAGCCUCGCUGAGGUAGGAGAUGCAGGCAUAGGAAGGCAGUUCAAGAGUCCUCGGAAGCAGGAGCCUCCAAGUUUGCCUGAAAGCCAUGAGAAACAUCCUGGGGCAGAGAGGGGUGGGACUCCGAAGCCAAAGUCAUUGGAAAGGACUUGCAGGAAGAAGCCUGUUUCCAAAGUGGUGGCCAAGGUCCAGGAGCUGUCUGCUCAAGUCCAAAGAGUAGUUAGAGCUCAUCCUGAUGGUGAGGGAAGGGUAGCCUUUUGCUCAGAGACGCAAACUGAGUUUAUCCCUAAAGCUGACUUCCUCAUCCUCUCAGGAGCUAAGGAUGAGACUCAAAGUUCCAGGAGACUGGGGGAGGAGCAGCGAAGGGUCAAGUCAUUGCAACCCUUGGCAGCAGAAAGAGCCUCCAUUCCCAGUGAAGCAGCCAGCACGGAGGGGGCUGUGAACAAGGUUCUACGAAAAGUGAUAGAGAGUGAGAAGUUAGAUGAAGCCACCGAGGGGAAAACACUAGGCUUCUCUCUCAACACAAGGGCCACCCACACUUUCCCUGAAGCUAGAAGCCAAAGGAAGACCGGGCUACCCCAGAGCUGCCAUAAAUCCUUGCUUCUGGAUCUGCCCCAUGCUGUAGGUCCUGAUUCCCCACAACCCAAAUGCGAUGAGAGGAAGCCAACCCCCCAAGCACCAACAGCUCUUGGCAUGGUAUUUAAUAAUCCAUCGCCUCAGUCCAGCGCACACAAACGGCUGUCACCUGUUCCCUCGCCUCUGUCGCCAAGGUGCCCCAGCCCUCAGCAGCACCACAGGAUCCUCUUGCUUCCUCCACUGCCUAGUGAGGGAGAAGCUGUGCUUAAUGAGUGCCCUGGUAGGAAGAAGGUUGUCUCCUCUGGGUUUCCCUCUGCUGUCACCUUGGAGCCAUCAUCUCCUACAAAUGUCGUGGAGACCAAAGGAGGCACCCCGCCUUCCCUCAGAGCAAGCCAAAGUUGGCUGGUAUCUGAGGAACCUCCAGAAAAAAGCUUGAGACCAGAGAAGAUCUCAGCCCCACCUCAGUACCAGCCACCACCAGGCAUCACCUCUGAAGGCUUUCCCUGUGACAGCUUCAAUGAGCAGACAGCUAACGAUCUUCCCAACAAGGAUGGAGGUGCUUGGGUCCUGGGUUACAGAGCCGGACCAUCCUGCCCAUUUGUGCUCCAUGAAGAAAGAGACAAGUCAAAUAGAAGUGAACUAUACUUGGAUCUCAAUCCUGACCAGAGCCCCACAGAGCAGGACGACAGGACUCCUGGCAGACUCCAAGCUGUCUGGCCGCCCCCAAAGACAAAAGACACAGAAGAAAAAGUGGGACUGAAGUACACUGAAGCAGAAUACCAGGCUGCUAUCUUGCAUCUGAAGAGGGAGCACAAAGAAGAAAUCGAAAACCUGCAGGCUCAAUUUGAACUCAAGACAUUUCACAUCCGGGGUGAGCAUGCAUUGAUAACAGCAAGACUUGAAGAAACCAUUGAAAAUCUCAAGCAACAGUUAGACCACCGCUGGGGAGGAGGAUGUGAAGAGAUGAGAGACGCCUGCAUCUCCACCGAUGACGACUGUCCCCCAAAGGCCUUCAGAAAUGUGUGCAUCCAGACAGACAGAGAGACGUUCCUGAAGCCCUGUGAAGGUGAAAACAAGGCAGCCAGAAAUAACCAGAUAGUACCCAAGAAGUUGAAUAUCUCGUUAACCCAGCUCUCUCCCACAAAAGACAGCAAAGACAGCCAUGCACCUCUUCAGACAGAGGAGGGCAUCUCGUCUAGUCAGCAGAAGAAAUCACCUCCUCCCUCCACACCUCCUCCUCCUCCCCCUCUCAUUCCUCCCCCUCCACCUCUCCCGACUGGACUUGGACCUGUGCCACCAGCACCACCCAUAUCACCUGUGAGUGCCGGGCCACCACCACCUCCUCCUCCACCUCCUCCACCACCUCCCUUGCCACCAAGUGCUGGACCUCCCCCACCUCCUCCCCCACCACCACUUCCUAAUGUGCUGGCUCUCCCUAACAGUGGGGGGCUUCCUCCUCCUCCUCCUCCCCCUCCUCCCCCAGGACUUACACCCCCACCUCCUCCUGGACUCUCCUUUGGACUCAGCUCUUCUUCUAGCCAGUGUCCUCGUAAACCAGCCAUUGAGCCCAGCUGUCCCAUGAAGCCUUUGUAUUGGACUAGAAUACAAAUAAGUGAUAAGAGCCAAGAUGCCACACCAACUUUAUGGGACUCCUUAGAAGAACCUCAUAUCAGGGACACCAGUGAGUUUGAAUAUUUAUUCUCCAAAGACACAACUCAACAGAAGAAAAAACCCCUGUCAGAGAGCUACGAGAAGAAGAACAAAGUCAAAAAGAUCAUCAAGUUAUUGGAUGGAAAACGAUCUCAAACUGUGGGAAUCUUGAUAUCUAGUUUACAUUUAGAAAUGAAAGACAUCCAGCAGGCCAUAUUUAACGUGGAUGACUCUGUGGUUGACCUAGAGACCCUGGCAGCCUUGUAUGAAAAUCGAGCCCAAGAAGAUGAACUGACUAGAAUAAGAAAGUACUAUGAGACCUCCAAAGAAGAAGACUUGAAGUUGCUGGACAAACCUGAACAGUUCCUGCAUGAGUUAGCCCAGAUUCCCAAUUUUGCUGAACGUGCCCAGUGCAUAAUCUUCAGGGCUGUGUUUUCCGAAGGUGUCACUGCCUUACACAGAAAAGUAGAGAUUGUCACACGAGCCUCUAAGGGCUUGCUGCACAUGAAGAGUGUGAAGGACAUCUUAGCUCUCAUCCUGGCUUUUGGAAAUUAUAUGAAUGGAGGAAAUAGGACUCGAGGACAAGCAGAUGGAUAUGGUUUAGAAAUUCUCCCCAAACUCAAAGACGUCAAAAGCCGGGACAACGGGAUGAACCUGGUGGACUAUGUCGUGAAGUAUUAUCUGCGGUACUAUGAUCAGGAAGCUGGAACAGACAAGAGUGUUUUCCCACUACCUGAACCACAAGAUUUCUUUCUGGCCUCCCAAGUCAAGUUUGAAGACCUCGUAAAAGAUUUGAGAAAACUGAAGCGACAGCUGGAAGCAAGUGAGCAACAGAUGAAGCUGGUGUGCAAGGAGUCCCCAAAAGAGUAUCUGCAGCCUUUCAAGGACAAGCUGGAGGACUUCUUCCAGAAAGCCAAAAAAGAGCAUAAAAUGGAAGAAAGCCACUUGGAGAAUGCGCAGAAAAGUUUUGAAGCAACAGUGGACUAUUUUGGAAUGAAGCCAAAGACUGGAGAGAAGGAGAUCACCCCCAGCUAUGUGUUUAUGGUGUGGUUUGAGUUCUGCAGCGACUUCAAGACAAUUUGGAAACGUGAGAGUAAGAACAUAUCGAAGGAAAGGUUGAAAAUGGCUCAGGCAUCUGUCAGCAAACUGACAUCAGAGAAGAAAGUGGAGACGAAGAAAAUCAAUCCCACUGCUAGUCUGAAAGAAAGACUGCGUCAGAAGGAAGCCAGUGUGUCCACCAGCUAAGAUGAACACAGAAGUUCAGGGUGAGAGGACGCGGCCCAGUGCUCCUUUAGACACCAGUGCCAAGGGGAGCUCCCGACAGAUCUGUUACAGAACAUUUGCUUUGCUUAUCUCCUUCAGAGGUCAUCUGCAGGAAGUGCCCUGUGCCACCUUCGAGGGGUCCCUUGUUAGUCCACGGGAACAAUGCAGUGCUAUGUAUGGAAAUAUUACAGGAAUAUCUGAUAAUUGUUUCUUAUAGAAGUUCAAAGCCCACCCUAUAAAAGAAUCAGAAGAUGUACCAAAAUUUUUCGCAUUUUAGUUUAUGCUGAAUUUCUAAGCUUCCCAGUGUAUAACCAUCAUGGAAAAAGAGGUAUCUCUUUUAUGGUGAUUGCCAUGAGAGAACUCAAGCCUUGUUCCUCACAUUGUGGGUUUUUGUUUUGUUUUGUUUUUUGUAUUGGUCUUAAUCGUGACUCAGUUGUACCAAGAUCUUAUGACAUUUUCAACAAAAAUGUUGAAACUUACCAGAACUGUUUUUGAAGAGUUAAACCUCACAGACUAGAGAAGUGAUUUUUGAUAAUGACAAUUACGAUAUAAUGAAAAGGAAAGAGAUUAAGAUUUCCCAUGGGUUGAGAGAGAGAGAAAAUAAUAAUCAUAAAGCACAUCCUGGAAACUAAGUUAUGAUGCUAAGAGCGAACAUUGGCCAUUGAGAUCAGUUCACACAGCUAGCACGGCUUCCUGUCCAGUAGAGAUUCUGUACCAACUUCUCCUAGAGACAGGGUAGGGCAGACUUGGAUCGAGUGUCCACUUGGGCAAGGGACUGUGUGGCUUCAGAUCCACCCUGGACCAUGAAUGAGUGCUAAGCAGACAAGCAGAUGAGGUCUACAUUGUACUCCACCACUUGCUGCUUGGUCUCUUCCACCAUUCUCAAGCAGUUUUCCAGACAGGAGAGCAAGUGUCAACUUUCAUCACGGCCUUGACUCAAAAGCAUGUGAAGGAAGGGACCAGGGACCAUUUGCUGUCCACAAUGUGAUGGUCAGAAAGAAGUUUUCUACCGUAAAGUGCAAGCAAGGUGGUUGUGUCAGUACUAACCUCUGAAUGGACUGUCAGGGGCAGGCUGUGUUUUCUCACUCUGGCCCUUAAAUCAGGGAGAAAAGCCUCCUGGGACCCUUUUCCUACAUUUUUCUCCCCAAGACAACUGCUGUUUGAAUUUCCCUGGUGAGAAAACAAGCAGACUGGGCAUGAACUGAGGAUUGAAUUGAAGACUGUGUUCUAAAGCCUUGAUGUAAUGAAGGACUGUGCUUUUCUUCUCUUGGUUGAGACAGUCUAGAGUUACUCAGAAUCUUGCAUCGCUUGCUGAUCUGGCUACCUCUGGCUGUCUUGUGGGGCCUGCCUCUUGCCUCAGCACCUUUCUCGAACCUUUGAACUUGCCAGAUACCUUAAAAAUGUCUUCCUGGAAUCUGCCUGCCAGUCUUCACUCCCCCCCCCCCCACUCAGGGACACUCUGAGAAUAGAUGCAAGGUAAAGAAAGCAUCACCAUAGCCAGGCACAGUGCAAACCGUGUGAGGCAAGAGAAGCUGGCACCUGCCAAGUCACGGUUGCCACAGCCAUGCAGGUGCUGAUUGUCUUUCCACUUAGUGGCCCGAAGGAAGGGACGUGGUCACAUGGCUUAUUUUAAUCAAAAUGAAGGGAUGAGACAAAAUAGACAAUCAAAUAAGAAACCUACCAUGAAGAGAAUGCCUUGGCAACGCUGUUCUUUUCCUAUUGCCUUUUGUAUAUUGUUUCUGUUUAUUCUCGCCGAAACUAUAAAGAACAACAGAGGACUUAACCAGCGAGGCAAAUUGCACCUGCGGACAUCCUGUUCCUCCGCGGCCUCCUUGUUAGUCCUGAAGUGCAAAAGGAAAGUGCAAGUUUGUCUCUACCUCAGGAGUCAUGCCAGCGUUCUGUCUGCACAGCCUACACCUUACGGGUCCUGGGGAUGGGAUGAGUGGAACAGGAGGCUUUCAGUGGGGUUGAUGCCACCUCGGCUCUCUAAGAUGUUCAUGAGUCAUCACAGAUGGCACUGUCUCUCUGUCCUUCCAGAACACAGCAGAUCCUCCAGGCUGUUGGGAGCAAGACCAUACUGGGGUAAGGGACAGGGGACACACCUUUUUGUUUUCUAAUAUCUUAACUUUAUUUUGUAGUACUCCCCCCCCCCCAUUUAAAAAGUCAAAGACAAAACCAGCUGGGGUAAGGAUGCUGCAGAGAUGGCUCAGUAGUUGAGAGCAUAUACUGUCCAUAUAGAGGAUCUGAGUUUGGAUUCCAUUGCCCAUGUUGGGUGGCUCACAAUCACU